AUGAUUUUCAGUAAAGUGUUACAUCAAAAGAAUUUGAAACUACAAGCGAUCAAGAGUCAAAUACCAAAAUUGAAUCCCAAAAGUGGUCGUGCUGGAGGACCAUGGGGUCUCAUGGAAUUUAAGAGACAAAUUGUACUUAUUCCAGGGUUUUUGCUUACACUGUCAGUACUUUGUUUCUGGCCGUUUUCAAUUAGAGCUGUUCAUCGUGUAAGACACAAAGAUACUAGUAGCAUGAUCUAA